AACAAGUUGAAUUUCAACCACCCCCAUGGCUGCCGUGGGGUUUACACCCACAGCCUUUGGCCUAUCUGCUGGUGGAACACCACCUGUUGGCAAAUUCCAAUUAUUUUUGCCACAGUUAUUUUCAGUGUGUACCAUUGCCCAACUCCUCCAAAACCCUAUAGAGCCAAAUUACCCUUUUAGUGACGGAAAAGCGCGGGGGCCACGGUCAGGUUCCUUCACUCCGAGCAAAAAGAGUGGAGGAGGGGGAGGAAAAAGAAAGAAAGAAUAAAAAGGCAGCAGGACAAGGAGAAAAUCUACACCGGGAUGGUUUCUAUGGAAAAUAUGGCCGGAUUCAGCGGAGCCUGUUGUUAGCAACCAGUGUAUACAGCCAGGGCGCCGCAGGCAGAGCGGGGCGAUGGAUGGCUUGGGGCUGAUGAUGAAUAUUCCCAUCUCCCAGCCCGCUUCCAGCGGCAGGGAUGAGCCCAGCCUCCUCGUCCCACGUGUGGGCAAUCAGGAGAGGAUUCAGCCUCUUCCCUCAGCUCCAGCCCGCCACCUGCACAGCGCCGGAGGGCCGAGCAAUCCCUCCCGAAGUCCAAAUCCCCUUCGCACGUUUCAAGUUAGCGUUUUAUCUCUUAUUAAGUCACUGGUCCUUAAAAGUUCACAAGUACGUGGCAGGGAAGAGACGGGCUACGAGCCCCUCAGAGCCUCGGGGUGCCGCACUCAGCCCCCCGAGUGCCGGCGGGGCUGUGAGGGGCGAUGGCGCCCGGGAAAGGGAAGGGGGAGCACCGCCAUUACCCCGGCAGGCCGUGCCCUGCCCGCCUGCACGGUCACUCGGCAACGGCGGGAGGCUGAGGAGGGGCCGGGCCGGCCAUGGCUGAGGAGAGCCCGAACAUCGACAAACCGGACCGCAGCGCCGGGCUGGGCAUGGCUGAGUGAAGCCCGAACUCCGACACGCAGGGUUCCGGAGCCGGGCUGGACAUGGCUGAGGAGAGCCGCAGCCCUGAGGAGCCCAGCGCCGGGCUGGACAUGGCUGAGGGGAGCCGCAGCCCCGACCCGCAGGACAUCUCCCAUGUGUUGGCUGUUGCCUUUAAGGACCUGUACACUGGAGAUGUUUUUGAGGUGGACGUGGCAACAAACUGGAUUAAGUCCCAAGGAGGAGACAGUGUUUAUCAAGACAGUUACACAGAUGAGCUAGAGAAGCUUCUGGCUGAGUGUAAGAGCCGACUGACAGAAGCUGACAAAGCAGAAGAGGAGAUCACUCAGGCCCAGGCCCGAGCCAAAGAUGAAGAGGAAAGGGUUCUAAACCAGAUGAAGAUUGAUGCAGGGAAAGAUUUCCAUAAACUGGGGCUGCCACCAGUGGCAUCCUCUUUUCGGUGGAUUGUGGAUAAUGAACUUCUCAGAAAAAAUAAUUUAAUCUGUCCUGAGGAUUACAUCACUGAGAAAUUACCUCUUGCUAAAGCACCAAAAGGAGAAUCAGAACCUGGAUACCUGAAAGGGACACGUAAACAACGUGCUUUUUCACUGGAUGAGAGUGUCUACUUAUCUGGGAGUGUGACAAGUGUAUCUUCAGCUCUGUCCUCGACUCCAGACUCCAGCCUUGAGGCUAAAACCAUAAGUAAGAAAACUAAAGCCUCACAAAAACGAGCCAGGAAAGAGAAUAGGUCCUGGAAAGCAGAGGAAUUAAGUGAGUACCUCUCCAGACUUGAGAAAAGACAGAAUUACUUGAAGAAUCCACGCUUUUUCCCACCAAAUACUCUGGAUGGAGGCAAAUCUCUUGUAAUUUCUCAAGAAAAAGUGGAAGAAAUCUUAGCCAGAAGAAAAGCAGAAGAUACCAAAGGUGAUACCUCAUUUGUUCCUGUGUUUCUUGCCAAUCCACCUUCUGUGCUGUUUUCAUAUGAUAAAGCUGGGCAGGUUUAUGAGAUGACUGUAGAGCUACGGAACAUUACUUCAACAGGUCAACAUGUAAGACUUAUCCCUCCCUCUACUUCAGUAUUUUUCAUUUGGCCAGGAAAAUAUCCAGGAAAGGGAGGAAUGAUUGCUCCUGGGAUGGCAUGCCAGUAUACAGUCCAGUUUAUUCCUGAAUAUCUGGGAGAGUAUGAAGAUCAUAUAUUAGUGGAGAGUCAAGUAUCAAAAUCUUUUGUCAUCCCAAUCCAAGCUAAAGUAUCACUUCCAGUAUUAACAUUGCCUGACUUUAUAGACUGUGGUUCCUGCCGUGUUGGAGGAAUAAAAACAACAGCAGUUUUGUGCAGAAAUGAGGGAGUUAGGACUGGGAAGUUCUCUAUAAUGCCAGAGAAAGCCUGGCCAGCUCCUGAUUCCAGGGUGGCUGCCACUGCUGAUUUUGUGAUACAGGAUCCUUUUAGGAUCCAGCCUGCUGUUUUGGAGCUAGCUCCAGGGCAGAAUGCAACAGUAGAGGUAGUGUUUUUCCCUUCUUUGGCAGAAGCCUCACAGCAAACAUUCACCAUUUUGUGUGACAAUUAUCCAAUCAAUAAUGUUACAGCCACAGGGCUUGGAGAGGUGAUUGCUCUGGAGCUUUUGUUUGUCACGGGUGGAGAAAGCAAAGCUCAGCUGGGUGAAGUCACUGAUGCAACAGCACAGCACCUCAUACGAUUCGAGCCCCAAAACCCACAGAGCACUACGGAGAAGAGACUGGUUAUAAGGAACUCCACCCAUCUAGAACUUCCCUUCUUCUGGCAGAUAACAAAGCCUAAUCUGAAACCAUUAAUACCAGAAGAAACUGCAGACUUUACAGAGAUCAAAAACAAUCAAGACCUAGAGUCAGCCUUCUCCCUAAAUCCUAAGCAGGGAGUUUUGCUUCCCUGUGCAGAUCAUGAGUUUAUUCUCACUUAUGCUCCACAGGAGCUGAAGAGUUAUCACAGCGUGAUGCAGAUGGUAGUGAGGGACAUCCCAGAAUCGCCUUGUUUGAUAGAAGAGAGGAUGCUUCAAAACAUCCCAGAAUGCAGAGUAGAGGAUGUAAUAGCCCUGGAAAUAGAAGUUAAAGGCUCAACAGAACCAUUUCAUCUUCUGCUGGACCCAUAUGCUGUUAUCAUCCCUGGAGAAAAUUUCAUUGGUGUAAAUGUCAAGAAAACAUUUAAGCUGUGGAACAACAGCAAAACAUUGAUCAAGUACACAUGGGAGAAAAUCACGGACUGUGACAUCAUCGAAGUUGAUCCUCAUACUGGUGUCAUAGGUGUGAAUAAAUGCUGUGAAUUUGUACUGGCAAUUUCUGGAAGCAAACCUGGGGUCAUCAGCCGUAACCUGCUGUGUCACGUUGAGCAGUGUCCAGAGCCAGUUGUGCUGCAUGUUGAGGCUGCUUUUAAGGGUCCAUUUCUUUGUAUUGAUGUUCCAUCACUCCGGUUUGGUUUGACUAAGCAGGGUGAGACUGUGUCAAGAACCUUUGAGAUUCAAAAUCUCUCUCAGGUACCAGCACUGUGGAGGAUGCAAGAAAGCCAGGUUUUUCUAGCUCAAAGGAAUGAAGAGGUAUCCACUUUCACCAUCCAGCCAUCAGCUGGAGAAAUUCCUCCUUUGGGUCUAUGCACAGUUUCAGUUCACUUCACAUCAUUGCAGUGCCAGCGUCUCCAGACAGUGCUGGAACUGGAGGUAGAAAAUGGAGAAGGAAGUCAUCUUCCUGUCUUUGUUGAAGUUCAGACCCCCCAAGCGUGCCUGAUAUCUAGUCAUCUAGUAUUCACUGAAAUUUACACUGGAGUUCCUGUCAAAGCAACCAGUAAACUUUUUAACCAGACACUGCUGCCAGCAAAAUACUUAUGGGGAAAGCCCCUUGGAAGCCAGGCAGCUUCCUGCUCCAUCCUGGUGUCCCCUGCCAGUGGCACCUUAGGCCCAAAUGAAGAGAAGGAAUUCUGCAUAGAGCUGUCAGCUAACAUUGUGGGUGAGCUGAAAGACCUCACACUUUCCUGCAGCAUAGAAGACAUGGCUGAACCUCUCUUCCUGAGCAUUUCUGGAGAAGUGAAGGGACUACAUGUCACAUACUCAGUACCUUCUGGCAGUGGAGUUGACAGUGAUGAAGGACAAAUGUCACAAAGCCCAUGUGAGCUUCUUUUGGACUUUGGGUCUGAAGUUGCACUAAAAGCUGUUGUAAAGCAUCAGCUGAUUCUUACAAAUCUCACUGCAAUCAGUGCUCCAUUCUCACUGGAAGCUGAGUAUUUUAGUGCCUGCGUGCUGCCUCCAGAACAAGGAGCCUGCCCCUACCUGGUGAAAAGAAGGGGGCCUGUCACAGAGCAUGCAGCCAGAAAAGUAAAGUCAGAGUUUGCAGCAGCGUUGCUGUCUCAGGGGAAGGGAGCAGCUUUCUAUAUCCAACCUUCCACAGGAAUUCUGGAAGCUUUCCAGCAGAUCACCAUAGAAAUAGCAGCUUACAACAACAUAAGUAAUUGUCCUUUUUUCCUUUCCCAUUCAGACAUCCGCCUGGACUUGGAAGUUUACAACCAAGAGCCAGAUGAUGAAAAGCUGGUGGACCUCUUGGUGCUCUUUGAAGACCCUUUUCCUCCUGUGGACAUGGCUGGAAAUGAGGCUGCAUCAAGUGGUAGCACCUCAGAGUCAGAGGUCGUGUUAAAGCUGGAUCCAGCUGCCAUUCCCUGUGGAAGCAUUUAUCCAGCUUUGGAAACCACAGAUGAGCCUCCAGGUUCUGACAGCAAAGAGAUGGAAAUCAGCAGUCAGGAGUCUGAAGGAGAGAAAAAUAUCUCUGUACUUAUCCAACCUCAUGAGGGGGUGCCUGCAGACAGCCCCUACUCCGUUGCUCCAAGGCAGAUAGUGGUUCCAGGAGGUGGCAGCAGCGACGUUUACAUCUCCUUCACCCCGCUCGUCCUCCCGGACACCGAGGCUGAGCUGCGUUGUGACGGGCUGCUGCUGGGCUUCAUGAGCCUGGACGACAAGCUUGCAAGGAGGGUGCCCAGCAAGGUGCGGCGCAGUCACGGCUAUGAAGCUCCACCGUUACGAGUGCACAUGGAGGCUGUCCUGAGGCAUCCCCUGUUGGAAGUGGAGAUGGAUCAUGACAGAGGAAUGGUGUUUUAUUCAGUGGCAAGUGAUCUCCUACCUGCUAGGCCUUUUUGUGGAGUUUUGACAGAAGCAGUAAUUACUCAGAGUUUGAAACUCAUGAAUUGUACCAAGGCUCGUCUGUACUUCAGGCUCUUUCUGUCUACACCCUCUAUGCCCUUCAGCCUCUCCAGCAGGGAUCCCAAAAAGAACACUGAAACAUCCCACAGCAAGAAGGAGGAAGGGGAACAGCAACUGCAACAUGUACUUUAUCCACAGCAAAACAUGCUGGUGAAAGUGUCAUUCCACACAACUCUGGAGUUACUCAGGUAUCAGCAUUUGCCAGAGACCCAGCUGCUUCCUGGAUGCCAAGUGCUCCAGCUGGAGAGUGGAGAGAGAAAGCUGAAGUUUAAUCAAAAUCUGGUCAUUGAGCACAGUAACUACACUACCCAGCUGGUCCCAGUGACUGCCUACCUCACUGUUCCAGUCCUGGAGCUCUCCUGUGACAGGGUUGAUUUCCAGACCUGCUUUGUUGCACAGACCAAGACAGAACAUGUCUUCUUGUAUAACAGGAGUGGCUGCAGAAGCUACUGGAUUGCUUUCCUGGACGAACAAAAAAGCCCUAAGGCCGUGCAAGUAUUUUCCAUCUUCCCAAAUAAAGGCAUUUUGGAGGCACGUGAAGGGGAGGCACCUACCAGACAGAUUCUGCAGAUCAGCUUUGCUGCAAGGAGCAACACUGACUAUGAAGCUAUUGUGACCAUUUCUGGAAUGCUGGAAGAGAAGCCUUGCAAGCUGCACCUCAGAGGGCGAGGAGUGCACCGUGGGAAGGUGCAUUAAGCAGGACAAU